UAAAAUGUCAAUUAAAAAAAUGGUUACGCUCAAAAAUUAAUUAAAAAAAUUCAAAAAAAAUAUGAAUAAAUUCUUUUCGGUUAAUUUAAAUUUAAUAAAAAAACAAUUAAAGCCUACGAUUAUCGUUCAUGGGGGAUGUGGGGAAUACAGCGACGAAAAAGUAAACAAAAAACUUAUUGGUUGUAAAAUAGCGGCUAGUCUUGGAUAUAAAUCGUUACAAAAAACCGGAAGUGUUUUAGACGCGGUGGAAAACACGAUUAGGUACCUGGAAGAUAAUCCAAACUUUAAUUGUGGCUAUGGAUCGGUUUUAAACGAUUUAGGAGAAGUCGAAAUGGACGCUUCAAUAGUUGAUGGAAAAGAUUUGAGUUAUGGUGGCGUUUUCGUUAUAAAAGAUGUAGCUCACCCCAUAACUUUAGCUAGACUUAUAAUGGAAAAAUCAUCAUAUUGCGUCUUAACUGGCAAAGGAGCCUUAAAAUUUGCGAAAAAUAAUGGAGUUAGUGUCUUAAAACCCGGAGCUUUAGUAAGUCCCCAAGCAAAACAAUUAUUAGAGAAAAGUACGCAAUUUGGGGCAACGGAAGCGGGUACUGUGGGGUGUUGCGCAAUGGAUAUUCAUGGAAAUUUAGCCGCUGGAACAUCUACAGGUGGUUUAAAUAAAAAAUUGAGAGGUAGAUGUGGGGAUACGGCUGCUGCGGGGGCUGGGACUUACGCUGAUAAUUCUGUUGGAGCUGUUUCAUCAACAGGUCAUGGUGAAAGUUGUGUAAAAGUAUGUUUAACGUGUAACAUAUUAAAUGAAAUUAGUAAAGGUGUACCGCCUAAACAAGCCGCAUCGAUGUGCUUAAAAAACAUUCAAAGGCGUUUUAAACAAACCGCAGGAGUCAUCAUUCUCACAAAAACUGGUGACAUCGCGGCUGCUGUGACAGCUUCAAGAAUGGUUUGGGUUGCUAUAAAAGACGGAAAAGUUUUUUAUGGAACCAAAACUGGUGAAGUCCUUGUUGAUUAAGAACGAAUCGUCCCCACAGCAAAAAAAUCUAUUUAUUGUAAACAAUCCUUAUACAAAUUAAAUUUUAAAUUAAACUCACUCCAUCUAGCGGUAAUUAGAGCAAUCGUGUUUUUGACAUUUCUUCUUCACAAUGAUAAGACGUGGCAUAUGGGCGAUAUGGGCUUAGCAAUGGGAUUUGGAAACUUGUCCUUAUAACUUCCUAGUCACUGCGUUUUUGACAUUUAAA